CUCACGUUCAUUCGCCACAAUGAAACCUGCGGCUGCGGUUCUGCUGCUGCUACUUAGCCCGCUUGCAGUCUUUGGUCUGGUUCUGACCCAGGAGGACUCCGUCAGGCCUUGGGUGGGAGAAGCGAGGACAGAGGAACUAGAGGACGCAGACCUUCCCCCAAAACUCCCACUCAUCUGGAAAGAGUUAGUCGGGCUUAGGCAGCUGGUUCUGAGCCUGCAGAAUGUGAUGGUGGAUCAGCGCCAGGCUCUCCGGACCGCUGAGAGUCGCCUGAGGGACGGUCAGGUGGAGGCAGAGCAUCAGAGGCAAGCUCUGGACUCUCUGCAGGUAAAGAUGGAGGCCGACAGGAAGUUGCUGACUGAGCUGACCAGGACCCUGAAAGGGAGCCAGGAUUGGACAGCAGCUCUGGCAGCCGAUGUUCCCUUCCUGCGGACGAGGUUGAGGGCGAGCGAGCGUGUGGUGGAUGAGUUGAGGAGGAAGACCACAGCGGUCAUGUCUCGACUUUGCCACGUGGAGGAUAUGGGGAGGCGGCCUUCAGUAGACCAGCCAGAGUUCAAAGGUCAUCUGAACUCCAGUCUGCACACAGGUGGACCAAGUGACGUGCCGUGGGAAACAAGAAAACCACCCGUGUUCCCGGCAGCCCAUGUAUUGGAAGGUUGUAACGUGACCGCACUGGAUGUUCGCCUGCAGCUUGUGGAGAACAACUUGACAGUACAGACCCAAACAGUGUCCCACUUAGAAGACAGCGUGUUGAGAGGAGAGCGCCACCUACAAGAGAUCAGAGCCGCUGUGGGGACCUCACUGAACCACACACGAACACAAAGUGAAGGUGUAAAGGUGCGCCUGAGUGUGCUGGAGAACCUGCUGGAGGACUUAAGGAGGACCAAGUCAGUCCAAUCCAGUCAACUUUCCAGCAUGGAAGUGCGACUGGCUGACAGCUACAACAACACUGCAAGUCAGGCCAAGCAACUUUCCAGCCUGGAGGCACAACUCACUCACACCCUCAACAAAACUCACACUGUGUUGCAGCACAAGUUGAACAUCACUGAUCAGAAGAUGAACGUAUUGAAGACGACAACAGAAGAGCUGAUGUUGCGCAUGCGUGUUUUGGAGCAACACGGCCAGCGGUCAGAUGACAAAGGCGAGACAAAGGUGGCCUUCGCCGCCGCACUCACCGACUCAGGGUCAGUGGGACCCUUUGACCAGGAAACUACGCUGAUCUUCUCCAAGGUUUUCACCAACGUGGGCCAAGCUUACGACGUGACCUCAGGUGUGUUCACGGCUCCCAUAGGCGGCGUUUACGCGUUCAGCUUCACGGCGGCCGACUUCCUGAAAGGCUACAUGGGCGUCGCCUUGUACCGCAACCAGCAGCCAAUCGUCUUCAGCCUUGACCUCAACGACCAUGGAGGCUACGCGUCCGUCGCCAAUGGAGUACUGCUGGGGCUGGAGGCGGGCGACCGCGUGCGCCUGAGUCUGCCCGCCAGCUACCGUCUCUACGACGAUGCCCGAAACUUCAGCGUCUUCAGCGGCUUCCUGCUCUUUGCGCUGUGACUCAUCGACUGCAAAUAGACAAUCUUUGUAUACAGGAAGCAGUUUCAAAAUGUGUCACAUUGUUUCCAUGGUUACACUAAAGUUUGUUCAAACGACAGUCUGUGGUUUUUGCUGUUUCUUCACACCGGAAGUCACAUUUAAAAGGAGCGGGUCUAAGUGUCCUUGAG